AUGCGCUUCACUGCUAUCUCCGCCGCCGCUCUGGCCUUCGCUGCCUCUGCCUUCGCCCAGACAGCUGGCUUCGAUGCCAUGACCACUCCCGCCAAGGGUGAGGAGGUUCCCGCCGGUACCACCUACACCAUCAAGUGGCAGCCGGGCACCUACACCAGCGGCACCGUGUCUCUGUCUCUUCUCGGCGGCGCCUCGCCCUCGACCCUCGACGUCCUGGGCUCCCUUGCCUCGGGCGUUCAGAACUCGGCUGGUUCGUACGAGUGGGCCGUCGGCUCUGCCCUGGGUGACAAGGCCACCUACGGUAUCAAGAUCUCUCUCGACAGCGACCCCUCCAUCUUCCAGUACUCGUUCCCCUUCCAGAUCAAGGCCGGCAGCAGCAGCAGCACCGGCGCCAGCCAGGGUUCUUCGGCUGCCGCAACUGGUGGCUAUGCUACCUCGGGCUACCCUACUGCCCCUGCUGCUUCUACUACCGCCGUCACUUCGGCCGCUGAGACCUACAGCGCCGUGCCCACGACUACUGUUGAGCCCACUGUCCCGGCCAACUCCUCUGCUAUCCCCAGCGUCAUUGUCUCUACUGGAAACAGCACCAGCCCUUCGACCACUGCGGCUGGUACCACCUUGACCAGCCUGACUUCGGCCAAGACCUCGGCCACCAGCACUUCUACCUCUGCCUCUUCCGUCCCUACCGCCGCCGCUCCCCGCGUUGCCGUCGGUGGAUUCGCCAUCUUGGGUGCUGCGGCCGCUGCCAUGCUCGCCAUCUAA